AUGGCUGAUAUCAAACCAUCACCAACAUAUACAAAUACCGAGGUCAAUUCCUCCAGCGUCCGCUUCAUGCGGUCUUCCUCCUCCAGCCUACAGACGCUCAACCUCCUCCCAACAGACCAACUCAUUGUUCUGUUCACGCCAGCAAUCCCCUCGGCUGAUGGUCACGAAGAUCCUUUCGAGUGUUUGGGCCGCUCUCUCAGCAAGUGGCACGCUCGGAUCCGACAUGUGCCAUUCGUUGCAAAAGUCGGUCUGACAGACCUUCAUGCCGCGUGGAUACGAAAAGCAGGAGCUAUCGUCGUUGUCAAUUGCGACCCAACCCUAUUGAUCGACACAAAGACGAACAGCAACAUGCCUUGUCAAACCAAGUUUGCCUCGCAAGUAGUGGAGGUACUGCACAACACUCGCGGCGGGUCGCAGGUGCCGCUGUCCAGUGUUUACAUUAGCACUUCGGUUGCGUCACCAUCAGAUACAAGUAGCUUCGACAAUGUGGUUGUGUGCUCUUCUUACUCGGCGGCGACUAUGGAGAAAGCCGCAUCAAUGUUGAUGUGCCAAUGA